AUGGUGUCUGCCCGUGCGGCCAUCGGCCUCCUCGUCGCCGCGUCCUCCCUCGCCGUCGUUCUCUCCGAUGGCGGCGGCGGGCCGGCGUACGGGUACGCGUCGGGGAGCCCGACGGGGCCGGAGAACUGGGGGAAGCUGAGCCCGGCGUACGCGGCGUGCGGGAAGGGGAAGCAGCAGUCCCCCAUCGACAUCGUGACCAAGCAGGUGGUCCCCAACCCCAACCUCGACUCCCUCUCCCGCACCUACGCCGCCGCCAACGCCACGCUCGUCAACGACGGCCACGACAUCACGCUCAAGUUCGAGGCGGGCAAGGUCGGCAACAUCGCCAUCGGCGGCAAGGUCUACAGCUUCGACAGGAUGCACUGGCACGCGCCCUCCGACCACACCGUCAACGGCCAGAGGUUCCCGCUGGAGCUCCACCUCGUCCACAAGAGUGCCGACGGCGCCGUCGCGGUCAUCGGCAUCCUCUACCAGAUCGGCGCCCCCGACUCCUUCUACUACCAGCUGAAGAGGCAGCUGGAAGAGAUGGCCGGCGACAGGUGCCACUUCGGCGAGGAGGAGUCGCACGUCGAGGCGGGGCUGAUGCACCUGCGCUCGCUGCAGAAGCGCACGGGGAGCUACUUCCGGUACAUGGGGUCGCUCACCGUGCCGCCGUGCACGGAGAACGUGACCUGGAACGUCCUCGGCAAGGUGAGGCAGAUCAGCAAGGAGCAGCUGCAGCUGCUCAAGGCGCCGCUGCCCGCCAGCGACGCGCGCCCAACGCAGCCGCUCAACGGCAGGACCGUCCAGUUCUACAACCCGCCCAACAGCACCGUUUCCUUCCAGAUGUAAUUCAGAUUUCGGACAUGUAAUUGUUGAAGUAUUUUCUCCUAACUACAGUAGUAGGUAGGGAAUCAAUCAAUCGACUAACUAUAUGUUAAUGUAAACCACUGAUAACUGUCAAAUGAA